AUGGUGAGGUUCCUAAAGCCGGGCAAGGAGGUGAUCCUGCUGCAGGGCAAGUACGCCAGGAAGAAGGCGGUGAUCGUGCGCGUGUUUGAGGAGGGCACCCGCGACCGCCCCUACACGCACUGCCUGGUCGCUGGCCUGGCCAAAUACCCGAAGAAGGCGAUCCGCAAGGACUCGGCCAAGAAGACGGCCAAGAAGUCCCGCGUCAAGGUCUUCCUCAAGCUCGUCAACUUCACCCACCUCAUGCCAACCCGCUACACCCUCGACAUCGACGUCAAGGAGGUGGUCUUCGGCGCCCCCUACUCCCUCACCACCAAGGACAAGAAGCUCACCGCCGUCAAUUCUGCCAAGGCCAAGCUCGAGGAUAGGUUCAAGACCGGCAAGGACAGGUGGUUCUUCACCAAGCUCCCUGCCGACCAAGCAGCUUCAAGUGCCAGUGCCACCGCGGAGCACGAGCAGAGCAGCACACGCGAAGGAUGA